GAAGUACCGAUGACUGAUCGACCAGAGCACAAGCCCCACACGUGCGAAAGCCCGCCAACCUCCAACAUGACAGAAUCCAAACCCAAAGCCCUUUCCUAAUCUUUCUUCAAAUUCAAAUUCCCAAACUUGGAAAACUAAAAUUAGGGAUUCGAUUACCAGAGGGGACCGUCGAGUCCAGUUUUCAUUGUUGCAUAGAAAACCAACAAUGAAUUUGGGCGACUUGAACAAGGUGUGGGAGAUCAGAGCGCUGAAAAGAAAGGAUCGGCAAGAAGAAGCCAGCAAGAUGCUAGACAAAAUCGCCAAACAGGUCCAGCCCAUUAUGCGCAAACACAAAUGGCGUGUCAAGCUUCUCUCUGAGAUGUGCCCAACCAAUCCUUCUCUUCUCGGGUUGAAUGUGAACCGCGGUGUGCAUGUGAAGCUGAGGCUGCGUAGGCCGAAUAGGGAUUUGGAUUUCUAUCCCUUUGAUCAAGUUCUUGAUACAAUGCUUCACGAGCUUUGCCACAAUGUUCACGGUCCUCACGAUGCCAAAUUCUACAAGCUAUGGGAUGAACUUAGGAAGGAAUGCGAGGAGCUGAUGACUAAGGGUGUAACUGGCACUGCGGAGGGGUUUGAUCUUCCAGGGAGGCGUUUGGGAAGUGUUACACGUCAACCCCCUCUUUCAUCUCUCCGCAAAACUGCACUUGCUGCUGCAGAAAAGAGAGCGGUUUUGGGAUCUUUGAUGCCAUCUGGACCUAGGCGUCUUGGUGGUGAUAGCUCUAUGAUGGCUGCACUUAGUCCGGUGCAAGCCGCUGCAAUGGCUGCCGAGAGAAGAUUGCAGGAUGAUAUCUGGUGUGGUUCAGCAUUUGCUGGAGCUUCUGAGGAUGGAGAAUGCAACUCUGGUACAUCAGAGGACUGUGAAAACAUAGGUGCAAGUGGACAAUCCUCAGAUACAUUACCACAAAAAAGAAGUCGCAUACCUAAUAAGAACACUUCUUCUCGAUCAUCCAAAGUCCAUUUAGGAUCUGAGUUUGUAGAUCUAUCCAACGACGACUCUGUAUCUGGUUCUGCCAUGAGAUCUCAGAAAAGAAGUCGUGAAUCAGAAACCAGUUCAUUCCCUCUAUCCAAUUGUCAUCUAGAAUCUAGUUUUGUGGAUUUGUUGGGUAUUUCAACCUCUGGGUCUGAACCUAAUAAUGAUGGAACACAUAAUCUUGGAGAAUCUGCUAUGUGGCAGUGUGGAACAUGCACUUUGUUAAAUCCGCCAUUAGCUCCAGUAUGCGAGCUUUGUAGCACACAGAGACCAAAAGAUGUUGGUACAAGUUACAAAAUCUGGUCAUGUAAAUUCUGCACUUUGGAAAACAGUGUGAAGUUGGAGAAAUGCUCAGCAUGCGGACAGUGGAGAUACUCGCAUGGUCCACCAAUUGCAACCCAACCACCAAAUCUGGGCACUUGAGAGGCACAAAAACUAUAAAUGACUUGGCCUUCAACUUCUUGGUAAUUUUGAAACAGAUUGCCAUUCUUUUGGCAGUGAAGUUGUUAAAAACAUGUUAUUUGCCAUCUUAUAAUGGUAAAGCUUCUUUGCAUCAGAAAUCAAUUCUGAUGUUUGUCUA